UUGCCGGGAGAGCUUCGGGGAGCUUUUCAUUUGGUAUCGGGUCGCGUCCGGGACCAGUCGCGCUUCACUCUGUGCUAUUCAUAUACGAUGGUGACAACGCGAUUGCACGGUAGUUUCUGAACUCGUACUUUAAUCAAAGUGUAGUGUGGACAAUGUCGGAGCUGCGUGGGUCGCCGGUGUCGCGGCUGGAGGGCGGGUUCGCGCCGCUGGCCGCGCUGAGCUCGCUGGCGGAGCAGCCGCCGCCGGCCGCCAACCCGCACGGCAUCGACCACAUCCUGUCGCGCGGCGCCCCGGGCGGCGGGCUGCUGGCGCCGCGGCUGUCCCUGGCGGCGGCCGCGGCCGGCAUGGCGCACUACCUUCAGCACAAGCCGCUCUACUGGCCCGGCUUCCAGGGGCUCGUGUCCAACCCCAUGGCGUGGCGGGACCGCCUGCAGUCCAUGUCAAACGGCAGCUCCCUCGGCGGCUGCGGGGUAGACAAGGACGGCAAGAAGAAGCACACGCGGCCCACGUUCAGCGGCCAGCAGAUCUUCGCGCUGGAGAAGACCUUCGAGCAGACCAAGUACCUGGCGGGCCCCGAGCGCGCCAAGCUCGCCUACGCGCUGGGCAUGACCGAGUCGCAGGUCAAGGUGUGGUUCCAAAACAGAAGAACAAAAUGGCGGAAAAAGCACGCGGCCGAAAUGGCGACCGCGAAGCGCAAGCAGGAGGAGCUCGGGGAGGAGUGCGACGAGCACUCGGCGCUCGACCACGACCAGUGUAGUGACGACGACGACGCCAAGCGACCGCGCCUCGACCUCCCGCCGCACCACCGCCAGUGAUCCGCCUCGCCCCGCGCCGACACCGCCGCCCCGCGCGUCGACACCACGCCGGUCGACGGGGCCCGCGACGCAGACGUCGACGUCGACGUCGACUCCGACCACAAUGACUAUACCAGUGCCAGUUACGACGACACGGACGCUAAAGGUUUCGUCAGUUACAGUAGUAGUGCGCGGAACGAGUACCCUAUUAAUUACGCUAGAGUUACUGAUCCCAAGUUUUACUAUCCGGUCGGUGAUCGCGAGUUGAACAGUUACUAUGUGUAUCCGGAGCACUACUCUCGCUCUAGGGAGACCACAGAGCAUUAUAUCCCUAGGGCUUCUGUGAGAGAUUCUUCGGAGACUGUGGACGCGCCGUGUGACCUGUCCAACUGGCACGUGCGCUCGUCCGGUCGGUUCGAGCGGAGCAUGGCGGACACUGAGCGGGAUCUGGCGGACAAUGAGCGCGAGCUGGCGGACUCGGGCGGCAGCGGGGGGUGCAGCGGGGGUGCGGGGGGCGGCGCGGUCGACCCGUCGACACCGCCCGCUAGUGACGGUAACUACGAGGAGCAGAACCCGGAACAACCCAUCA